AUGCCUACAGACGCCUCCGACACGAACCGGCGGCCCUCAGCCAAGAGGUGGUCGACCACCGAGAGUCUGCGCCGCGGCAGAGGCCCUCCGACAUGCCGCGUCCCUCAGUGUAGAGACACGGCAGUACCCAUUGCUGGAGCCUUUGAUAACGAGAUCCUUCUCUCCCUCUACUGUAAACGACACACAUGCCGAUGGGAAUAUCCGCCCUACGACAGGAGCUGUUGCCCCGAUCCUGUAACGUCAGGGCAAGACUUGUGUGAUCACCACGAGCAACUUCUAUCAUGCGCAUGCACGACGGAACCGUGUUUGCAAAAGAGGGACUACGAAGAAGUUGCCGACAGUGUCGACCCAACGGCCCCUUGGUUUUGUUCUACUCAUCGAUGCGGCCAGGAUAGGUGCGAUAAGGAAGGUACCGGGAGUGACCAACACAAUCGGCGAUGCGACAAGCACAAGCGAUGCGAUGUGCCCGACUGCAUGUCACCACCAGACGUUCAAAAUGACAGCUUCUACUGCAAGAGACACACCUGCAGAAGCGCCCAUUGCCCCAACGUCGCCAAGAAGAACAACCUUUGCACGGAGCAUCAGCGAUGUGUGCGCGAAGGGUGCAACAAACCUCGAUAUUGGCCCGACACUGGACUCGAUGAUCUGGAUGCGCCGCCAUUGAAGGACGGCUGUCCCAACCCUCUUGUCAAUGGCUCAAGCACCGGCACCGGCAUUUUUUGCCCGCAACAUACCUGCAAGUUCCCAUCAUGUCAGCAAAGCAUCGCCAAGGCCAACUCUUCCCAUUGUGAGAUUCACUCAUGCAGCAAGCCAGACUGCCCCAAUCCCGCCGACAUCAUCGGCAGCUCGAAAACCUCCGGGAAGCCUGUCCCAACCCUCUGCAAGCUACAUAAAUGCAAGAUUGCCUCCUGUCCCGAGGAAGCGAUACCCAUAUCCGACACCACAGCAGGAUACUGCCAUGUCAAGCACGAAUGUAUCGAGGACGCCUGCCAAAAAGGCCGAUUAUACGACGACCAAGGAACACCCUUUGAGCGAUGCGCCGAUCAUGAACGGCAACGGUGGAAAGAUGCGGGGAGGAGAGACGCUGAAGAGGCGAUGGAGGCGGAGGAUGCCGCCAGAAAGAAGAACGAGUUGAAGAAGGACAGGCAACACGCUGAAGAGAAGGACGCAUUGAAAGACGAGAUCAGGCAGUUGAGGGAUAUCAUACACGGACCAGAGGGCAUUGAGACUUUCAGGCAAGAGCUGGAGGAUUUGAGGGCGGAGACGGCCCGAUUACGAGCAGAGAACGAGGGGCUACGAGCAGCCCAUGACGCGCACCAAGCGCGGUUACGCAAAGGGCGAAGACCCUCCAUGGCAGCCACCAGCCCCGGAUUCUACCCCAACGGCAUUCCGACUACAGCUCCCGGACCAGGAGAUUAUCUUCCGUUCAGGCCACCGGACGGCCAUCCCCUCGCAGGUCCAGGCCCCAUGCCCAUACCUGGGAUGAACGGCAGCAAACCAGGGAGGGAAUCCCCUGUUAGCCGCAGCUUUCGUGGUAGUAACGUAUGGGACACAUCCCGGGACUCUCUCCUCUCACAUCAGAUGUACGAAGAUCACGAGUACCCCUACUACUCGGAAGAAGACAGAGGCGGAACACCAACAGACAUCUCGUUCGACCACAACAGCGAGCUUGAUCCCACGCAACAACCUCAACGGGGUCGUAUCCGAGAUGUCCCCGUGGACUGGCGAGACUCGCCCACGCCCGGGCGCGAGCCGCGUGGUAGAGAGGCUAGAGAGAUGAGAGAUAAGUCGAGAGGCAGAGUCAGAGGCGGCACCACCGACACAAUCAAGGAAGGUGAAGUGGUCGUAGGAAGUCCAAGGGACAAGAGCAAGGCGAGGCGGACAAAGAGCAAACACCGGACAAGCGGGGGGUAUGGGGCUUAUGAUGCCAUGAGGAGACGGAGCGGUGCGGGUUUGAGCCACCAGUGGCAUGGGGAAGCCACGCAAGUACCACAACCACCACCGUUAUCAUCAAGGAAGUCAAAGACGUUUGGAACGGGGAAGCCGAGGCUUGUAAGUAUGGCGGGGAGUGUACCUGAUGGGUUGUAUGCUGGAGGAGGAUAUGCUGGACAUGCUGCCCCGGGACAUAUGGGAUAUUGGGGGCCGCGGGGACAUGGGGAGUAUUAUGACAGUGAGGAAUGAGAUGGGAGGUGAGAUUACGGUAGAGGUAUAUUGGAUAGAUAUGGAUGUCAUUUUGAUGUC